AACUCCACGCCUCACCCACGUUAAACAAGGAAUAAAAUUUAGUCUUUCAUCAGGUUCUCCUUCUUCCAUACUGGUAAAUGUUUCAGUAACUCAGAAAAGGCUGGAAUAUGAAGCGUAUUUGUCACACGUGAAGGAAUAGAGGAAAGAAGAGAUCUUAGAAAAUCGAAGGGAGGGUCACCGUUUGAUACAGUUUUAUUACCAAAUUUAGGAUGUCUACAAAGUUUUCUAUGACACUGAGGAGCUCGGUAAAAGUCCUGCAAAGCAAGUUCCCAACCCCUAACUAUGCCAUUCACACAUUUGUUGCAAUAUGUCAACAAAAUCACAUGAAAACACAUCAGGCUGAUAUAAUGGCCCGUGGUCUUCCCAAGAGAAAGAAGAUUGAUGGUGUUAAACAUAUAUUGCUUGUGGCGUCAGGGAAAGGAGGGGUUGGUAAAUCAACAACCGCAGUAAAUAUUGCUGUUUCCCUUAAAAAUGAAGACCCAAGCAAACAAGUUGGUUUAUUAGAUGCUGAUGUUUUUGGUCCCUCUAUUCCUUUAAUGAUGAACCUCGAUGAUUCUCCCCUUCUCACUAAAGAAAAUCUAAUGGUUCCCCUUCAAAAUUAUGGUGUUAAAUGUAUGUCAAUGGGUUUUCUCGUCAACAAAGACUCUCCUGUCAUUUGGAGGGGCCUUAUGGUAAUGCAAGCUUUGGAUCGGUUACUUCGACAAGUUUCAUGGGACCCAGUGGACUACCUCGUCAUUGAUACUCCACCAGGAACAGGAGACACCCAUCUUUCAUUGAUUCAAAAUGUUCCAAUCUCAGGAGCUCUCUUGGUGACUACACCUCAAACAGCUGCAUUACAAGUGACUCAGAGAGGGGCCAACAUGUUUAAAAAACUUGAUAUACCAGUUUUAGGAAUAAUCCAAAAUAUGACCUCGGUGGAAUGUCCCAAAUGCCAGAAUGAAGUACGCCUUCAUAGCAAAGCAGCUAAUUUACUGCUGGAAAAUCUGGGAGUGCCAGUGCUAGCUGAUAUUCCACUAGAUAAUGAUAUUAGCCAAGGGUCUGAUAAUGGUAUUCCUGUAGUAGUAGCUUCACAAGAAAGUCCACAGGCGAAGUCUUACAAAGCAGUGGCCCAGAAAAUUAUAAAAUACUUGAAUGACAAAGAAAAUGACCCAGUUACCAACAAAUUAUAAGUUUUGAACAUUCUCUGUGAUAAUUGGAACACAAAGAACUUAAGCAUGUUAUGCA